GUUUUUUCAUCAAUCGGUUCGCUCGCCUUCAAAGAUAUUCUGGCUGCCCCAGUGCGCGGUGUGUAAAAAGAAUCAAUUUUCCUCCGAAAAAGCUAUAGAAAUCCAGCAAAAUGCAGGGCCUAACUAUGGCUAGUUUGAAGAAAAACCCAGCGCUGAUCCCGCUGUACGUUUGUAUUGUCAUGGGGGCGGCAGGCUCUGUGUUCUACACCCUUCGUCUAGCCCUUCGUAGUCCUGAAGUCACCUGGUCCCGUAAGAACAAUCCGGAACCGUGGGAGGAAUUCAGAACCAAGCAGCAUAAGUUCUACUCUCCGGUCAGAGACUACUCGAAGAUCGAAAGCCCGGCUCCAAAGUACGAUUAAGUUGGUAAACAGUAUUAUCAACUAUAGAAGCCGCCGGCUAGAAUGAGACAGCAAACAGUUAUCCUUACCAUCGAAAGGACUAGAUCAGCGAACGUUCCCCAUAGUAGUGCGCUUUAAUCUAUCGUUCAAAACAGCCGCAGGAAUGAUUGAUUUAGUCAAAUGCGAUCGAUCAAAUGGUACCAAAAGCACUAUGGGUUUCAAGUAACGGAAACCCGCAUCGAGCCUAUUGGAGCUUAUUCUAGUUUGGUUGGCGUUGCGAAUUCUUAUUUGUAAAUGAGGUCCGAAGUUUGAUGCGCGGUUAAUAAAAUCUGCUGUUUGAGAAAUUA